AUGGCCUUCUUCAAUCUCUUCAACUCUUUGUUUGUUUUCAAUAUCAUCAUUCUCAUCCUUCCUAUUUAUGCCAAAGAAUCGUGCAAAUCUUCUAAUUGCACAAAUGAUAAUCUUCAAAUAAGAUUUCCAUUCAUACUAAAAGGUCAACAAGAUCAAAGUUGUGGCUAUCCCGGAUUCAAUCUAACUUGCGAUAGCCAGGGAUUACCAUCAAUAGACCUUCCAUUCUCAGGGCGUUUCUUAGUACAAAACAUUUCCUACAAUCAACAAGUAAUAGAACUCUACGACACGGACAAUUGUCUCCCAAAAAGGCUCAUUGGAUUGAAUCUUUCGGGUUCUCCUUUUAUAGGUACUUACUACUACUAUAGGGAAUACUCAUUAUUAAGCUGUCCAUUUGGAUUCAACUCUUCUUUGUCAUAUACUGUCAAUUGCCUAAGCAAUUCCACAAACACUGUCAUUGUUGUUAAAGAGGGGUAUGCUACACCUUACUUUUUUCCAAAUUGCAAGAAAAUGGUUGCGUUUAAUGUUCCGUUCCCUGGAGGUGACUAUAACUUUAUAAAGAGUUUCGAUUACAAUUUUGAUUACCUGUGGCUAACAUGGAAUAAUCCGUAUUGUCGGUAUUGUGAAAUGGAUGGUGGUGUUUGUGGUCCUACGAGUACUGUCGGCCAAGAUUUCGAAUGUAUCGUAAUUUAUCCAAAACCGGCUUCUCAUGCAGGGAACAUAAUAAACAUGAACAUGAAGGUGAAGAAGAUUUUAAUUUCAUUUGGCAUUACUGCUAUUGUAGUUAUUGUUGUGUUUGCUUGUUAUAAAUUUUAUAAAGAAGUGAAUUCGCAAAACAUUACCAAUCCGGUGAAUAUAAGCUUGAGUUCAACAACCAGAGGAGGCUUAGAUGAUUCCACCAUUCAAUCCUAUCCCAUUGUCAUAAUCGGAGAAAGCGGCCUCAGCCCGGGACUCAACAACAAGAUCUGCCCAAUUUGUUUGUCUGAGUUUCUCGCGAAAGAGACUGUUCGGUUCAUACCAGAUUGCACACACUGUUUUCAUUCUGAAUGCAUUGAUGAAUGGCUUCACCUCAACCCAUCAUGCCCGGUUUGUCGGAUUUUACCAACUCAUGUUCAUUCUUCCUUUGGUACUAAUGUCCAAUGA